GGAGGAGGCAUUCGAUAAAACACCCCGGCCAAACGCUGCCGGACAAAACGAAGCGAAGUGCGUGCGCCAUGGCGGCGGCGGAUGAUGCGGAAGAGCUGCCGAAGAUCGCAGGGGACCCGCACAACGCGGUCCAGAUGAGGCCGGUGCGAACCAUCUAUGGGCAGGAUAUUCCAGAAGGUGGCUUUGUGGUCAAGAUGGCGAAGUCCUGCAAGCUAUCAGAGCUCAAGGCCGCCCUGGCGGAGAGGCUGAGCAUCAGCGAGGACAGCUUCACCUUCGCUUAUGAGGGCGAAGAAAUGGAUGAGCAGAAGACCAUUCAGGAGAACGGCAUUCCGGAGCCGGGCCCCGCGGCACGCCGGGCGGGCGCCCGGGUGGAACUCCUGUUUUUGAUCAAAGACGGCGUGGAGAUCGGUGCCCAGCGGGCGCGACGCGAGGCCGCCGAGGCGGCCGCGGAGGCGGAGAAGCAUCGUCAGGAGGAGGAAAGCCGCCGGAGGCAGGAAGAGGAGGCCAGACGACUUCAGGCUGAGGAGGAACAGAAAAUGGCCGCCAAGAGGAAAGCGGAUGCCGAAGCUGAACAACGGAGACAGGACGAAGCGCGGCGCCAGCACCGCUGCGUGUUGCGGUGCUUGGAGAUUGGCGGCGGUGGGGGCAAGGAGCUGAUCACCGCCAGUAACCUCACGGUGCAGGAGGUUGCAAGGCAACUCUGCCGAGAAUUGAACAUGCUGCGGGACGAUGAACACCGCGGCGGCAUCGUGCUCUUACACAAUGGGCAGCCCCUUCCAGGACGGCAGACUUUGCAAGACUCUGGAGUCAAUGAUGGCGAUGAGGUGAUGUACUUUUGGGGUGAGGGCGGGGAAGCCGCUGGCGCAGCAGAUAUCCCAUGAGGCGCAGCCAGGUCUGGCUAUGAGUCAAAACCUCCCGCACCAAAUGGUUU